AUGGGAGCCGCAGGAGAGCUCAGUGAUAACAGAGCUCUCCGAAAGCUCUCCGACUACAAUACUCUUUCAGAGUUCGAGAAAAUGGAUCUGGUUGCUGGUGUCCGGAAAGAGGGUAGCCGCGGCGGCCGUGGCGAGUUCAAAUGGUCCGAUGUCAAAAAUUCAAGCCACCGGGAAAACUAUUUGGGCCAUUCUGUUAUGGCACCAGUGGGUAGAUGGCAACAGAAUCGUGACCUUUCAUGGUAUGCCAAGGGUGACGCCGAUGCUGAGGAGGAAGUGGCUCGCCAGCAGCGUGAAGAACGACAGCGUGUAAAGCAGGCCGAAGAGGAAGCGAUGGCCCGAGCGCUCGGUCUACCUAUCCCGGCCAAAGUCGAGGCAAAUGCAAACCUGACUCCCUUAGGAGCAAAUACAAAGACAUCUUCCGCACCGGAUCAGAAAUCUGCCAAAGAUGCAGUAGAAGAAUCUCGCGGGUCCCGAAAGCACCGGCGUGAUCGAAGCCGGAGUCCGCGUCAGAUGAAGAGCGAGGUAGUCGGAGAUAUUCAGACGACCGUGAGAAAGAUCACCAAAAAGAUCACGACCGGGACCGUCACCAUCGAGGCGACCGACACCGAUCGCGGGAUAGAUUGCAUCACAAGAGGCGGUCGCGCUCACGCUCACGAUCACGAGAUGGUGACGAUCGAAGAGGACAUCAAAGACCUCGACAUCACGAGCGUAGCUACUCGCCUGCUGAACGACGUCGCGAAGUCGAACGGCCCAGACGCCGGUCUGAUCGUGAUCGACGACACUGACUAA